GCAAAUAUGGCUGAUGGUCGUGAGUGUUUCUUUACAGAAGCAGCGUACGAACAAUACAGCUUGGCUUCAAAUGUUUAUGUUAGGCUUUCAAACAAUGUAUCUGUAUCCGCACAAAGGCAGACAAUCACAGGCAAAAAACGAAAGAAGAAAACAACAAAGAAGACGUUUGAUAGAAAUGAGAACAGUGGGUCGCAACGUAGAAAGACUGUGGUGUCGUCGCUGCUGCCUACACCUCGUGUUCCAUACCCGAAAUUUUCUCGGCUUAGUCUGGAAGAACACGGCAAGUUCCAAAGACUGUCUAGAGACGUGCAAAGAAAUCUUGUGAGAACAGAGUCCAUGGACAUGGAGUGGUUCAAGAAGCUAAAUUCAUUGGUAUUAAAGGAGCAAGAAGAAUUCCUUGCAUUUCUUGAGAGUGUAUCAGCUCAACAAAGUCCUCAGUAUAGGACAAUACCAGAAGAUGUAACUGCAGCAUUUAAGUCUAUUGUUCAAUGUCAAAGAAUGCAGAUUGAGAAGUUAUAUCCGCGUUAUUACCAGCUUCAUAGUUCUGUUAGUCUGGAUGAUCUAGCAAUUUUGGAUCAAACGAUGAUCUUUGUUAAGACUGCUUUAAAACAGGGAGAUGUUCUACAACUUUCUUUGCCAAAAGCAUCAUCAGUCAUUGAAGUACAGCAGCUGGUUCCAGAUUUUGACCUUGUCAUUAGUCAAGAUGCGACUGCUGACCGUCUGUCCAAAGAACACAAUGUGGACAUUGUAGUUGCAACAGAGAGUCUUUCGACUUUGGCAAGCAAUCAGUCACCAGAUUUCUCCCAUACAUGGCAGAUACCAAUAGCAGUAAAACUACAAUCCAACAAUCAAAAAUGUAUAUUUAUUGACAAUCCUAUUAUUCUGAACACAUUAGCAGGUCGAGAGAGGAGCCGUGUUGUCUUUGAUAGAUUAUUGAGGCAAAUAACUAUGGAGACAGAUAUGCAUGAUUCUGUUGGACGAGCUGAUGUGGAGCUGAAGCAGAAGAGUCAAGUGCAUUUAGAGACUGAUAGGCACCAAAGAGCUGCAGAGACUGAAUUGUCAAGUGAUAGUGAUAGUGAAUUUGUGGGAUUUGACUUGAAGACUGAUCUCACUGUUGAAGAAAUGCGAGUGUUAUCCAGUGAUGAAGCAGAUACAGAACUGCAGAUUGUAACAGACGAGGACUUUGACUGUGAAUGUUCUGGUGAAGAGAAUUCGAAGUCAGUGAAUGUCAAUACAUCUGCUAUUGACCAUUCUCUUAUUACAUUGGAAGAUCCACAUAACGAUCAGUGUUUUGUGUACAACCUAUGGAAGUGUGGUGAGAUGACCAUUUUAGUACGAAGCAGAGGUGAUGGACUUCUAGAAGAUAAAAGGAUGAAGGGCAAAACACGUCGGUUGUUUCUAGUACCUAAGCUGGAGUUUCAAGUUGAAUAUGGAUAUGAGAGGAUCACACAUGCUGAAUGUGCACACUGGUGGAUGGGCUUAUAUUUUAGGCCUCGUUCUCAUGUAGCAAUUGUUUACCUCAAUGGGUUUUCUUUUGAAGUUCUUCAGUGCAAGAUAGUUGAUCUUGAAAAUCUUGGAGAAAUGGUUAGAAAGGACUGUAGCUUCAGUCCUAAGCAAGCUAUGAAAACCUUACUACAUAUUCUAAUAGAAGUUCACAAGUUGUCUGUUGGUCAGUAUCUGAUUAGUCACACUGCUGGUGCUUCUGAUAUUACCAUUCUGGAAUCGGAAACAACCGACUGUAAUUCAGCCGAUGAUACGUUUGAUCUCUGGAGGUCUGCGUUUGGUGAACUGGACAGGGAACAUGAGAGUGAUCUGGCAGCGUUAUCUUGUCUUCAGGUUUCUGUAAAUAUACAGUCACCACAUCAAAAGAAACACAACUUAAUCCCUGGAACAUUCCCACCUGAAUAGUGACAUGACAUCACCAGUGGCCAUGGAUUUGGUGUAUUGCUACAUUGCUAACUAAUUAUAGCACUCGAAUUUCUAGAAUUGUUAGAUAUCUUUUUGGGAUUUUGUGACAAUUAAUACAAAUAUAUGUCGAUGCCG